CAAACCCUCACUAAACCCUUAGGUUACUUUCAUACAACCACUGUUUAUAAACUCAUCCGCACUUUUAGCCUACACACGGAGAUCUGACGUUCUUCGUUGGAAUUAGACUGUUGAUUCAACGUUGUUGGAGAGCUGGGUUUCAAUUACUGCAUUUUCUCCCGCAAGAUUGUGUUUGAACCUUUACUGUUCCCGAACCCACAAGUCUUGGAGCCAGAACGUAGGAGGGAAAGGACAAGAAAAGGGCUAUCUGAAACAUGCUCUCCUUGUUGUGCCUCAUGCUGUUUGUUCCACGUGUGUUCUCCUCAUCGACACCAGUGGCUGGAAUCUUCCCCCAGGACCCGGCGUUGCGGAUGGGCUCCAGCCUGACGGCCACGUGCACAGUGAGCCCCGAGCGGGGGCUGCAUGCCAACACUAUGUACUGGACCAUGAACGGGAAGAGACUCCCUAGUAGCACGUACGACCUGCUGAGCCCCAACUGCCUCAGUGUCACUCUGCACCACCUCAAUGGCUCCCAGCAACAGUCCGGGGACAACCUGGUGUGUCACAGCGGAGAUGGACAUGUCCUGGCUGGCUCCUGUCUCUACGUGGGCAUGCCCCCGGAGAAGCCGGUCAACCUAACCUGCUGGUCCCGAAACACAAAGGACCUGAGCUGCAAGUGGACCCCUGGGGGUCGGGGCGAAACCUUCAUCAAAACCAAAUACACCCUCAAGUACAAAUUGAGGUGGUACGGGCGAGAGAGGGAAUGUGAGGACUACAGCAUGGGGCAACGCUACACGUGUUAUAUCCCCCGGGACUUGGCCCUCUUUACUCCCUACGAGAUCUGGGUGGAGGCGUCCAAUCAGCUGGGGACUGCCACCUCUGAUGUCAUCACUCUGGAUAUCCUGGAUGUGGUGACCACAGACCCUCCAGACAAUGUCCAUGUGAGUCGUGUGGGGGAGCUUGAGGACCAGCUGACAGUGCAUUGGGGCAGCCCCCCAGCACUCAAAGACUUCCUCUUCCAGGCCAAAUACCAGAUACGCUACCGACUGGAGGACAGCACUGAAUGGAAGGUGGUGGACGAUGUCGGUAACCAGACAUCGUGCCGGCUAGCGGGGCUUAGGGCAGGGACGGUGUACUUUGUCCAGGUGAGGUGCAACCCAGUGGGGAUCUACGGCUCCAGGAAGGCUGGGAUUUGGAGUGACUGGAGCCACCCUUCAGCUGCCUCCACACCCCACAGUGAGCGGCUGCAGACUGGGUCAUGUGAGCCCAAGCCAGGCGAUCAGAACUCCACCCUGCGACGGGAGCUCAAGCAGUUCUUUGGCUGGGUUCGCAAACACGCCUAUGGCUGCAGCGGCAUGUCAAUCAAACUCUACGACCAGUGGCGGGUGUGGCUGCAGAAAUCGCAUAAAACGCGCAACCAGGUAGAUUCUAUAAGGCGAUAAAUCAUAACACAUCCUAAAACAUCAUUGAAAUAUUUAAGCAACAUUCACAACAGCAACUGAGAAACUGUCAGAAGGCCACUUUGAGGCCUCUCGGUGAAAGCGAUCCAACACUGGAUAUUCCAGCAUUUGGUCACACACAACAACUCUUCUUUGUAGGAAUCCAUGUGGAACAGAAAAAGAACUGAUGCAAGACGCCAGCGUGUUACAUUGCUGUCUGCAGCCCUGGAUUAAAAUAGAGUGGAAUCCCAUCUCUAAGAACUUCUCCUCUCCAUCCCCUCCUCUCCACACAAACACACUCUUACACUCACAUCUCCUGGGAGUGCCAAAGUGGAGAGCCUUUUUCUGAGCACAUUUCAGACCAUCGCUGAGUGGGAGCAUGGAAAAGUUUCUUAAUGCAACAUUAGUAUGUGCUCGACUCAGAUGGCCAUAAAUCAUUUUACAGACUACUGUCAGAUCAGACACAUAGUGGCCACCAUCACAGGCUUUUACCCCAGACAAGGGCAUUAUGCAAUAUUGCUGGAAUGUCAUAUACAAUAAAGAACUUCACCAAUUCAGCUCCUGUUCUGGAAACUCAAUCACAGAACAUGUCAGAAUUCAAUAAGAUUAAGUUAUUUUCAUAAUGUAUUUCCAUUCUAACAACUUUAAUAGCCACACAGUUGUCUAAGCCACACUAUAUAUAAACAAAAGUAUGUGGACACCCUUUCAAAUGUGUGGAUUUGGAUAUUUCAGCCACACAGGUAUUAAAUGGAGCACACUGCCAUGCAAUCUCCACAGACAAACAUUGUCAGUAGAAUUGCCUUAGUGAAGAGCUGACUUUCAAAGUGGCACCUUUCAUUUGGUCAAAUUUCUGCCCUGCUAGAGCUUCCCCGGUCAAUUGUAAGUGCUGUUAUUGUGACGUGGAAACAUCUAGGAGCAACAACAUCUCAGGUGCAAAGUGGUAGGACACACAAGCUCACAGAACAGGACCACCGAGUGCUGAAGUGGGUAGCACGUUAAAAAAAAUUGUCUGUCCACUACAGAGUUCCAAACUACAUCUGGAAGCAACGUCAGCACAAGAUCUGGCCGUUGGGAGCAUCAUGAAAUGGGUUUCCAUAGCCGAGCAGCCGCACACAAGCCUGAGAUCACCAUGCGCAAUGCCAAGUGUCGGCUGGAGUGGUGGAAAGCUCACCGCCAUUAGACUCUGGAGCAGUGGAAACGAAUCCUCUGGAGUGAUGUAUCACGUGUCACCAUCUGGCAAUCCGACUGGGUUUGGGUUCGGCGGAUGCCAGGAAAACGCUACCUGCUCCAAUGCAUAGUGCCAAUUGUAAAGUUAAGUAGAGGAAUAAUGGUCUGGGGCUGUUUUUCAUGGUUCAGUCCCUUUAGUUUCAGUGAAGGGAAAUCUUAGCACUAGAGCAUACAAUGACAAUCUAGACAAUUCUGUGCUUCCAACUUUGUGGUAACAGUUUGGGGAAGGCCCUUUCCUGUUCAGCAAGACAAUUCCUUUGUGCACAAAACAAGGUCCGGAUUGAACCAAGUCCCCGAAGCAAUGUUCCAACAUCUAGUGGAAAGCCUUCCCAGAAGAGUGGAGGCUGUUAUAGCAGCAGAGGAGGGGGACCAACUCCAUAUUCAUUUACACGAUUUUAGAAUUAAAUAUUUGACAAGGUGUCCACAUACUUUUGGUCAUGUAGUGUAUGCAUUAAUGAAUGUAAUUGCAUAGGUCUUUACAAAAACUUGGUUGGUAUGCUCAUGCACCAUUUUGUAGAUUGGCUGGUGUAUACAGUCACAGCAAUUGAACUUCAGAUAUUUCUGCAGUUUGUUGGUCAUAUGGAAGUGUUCUGGUUCUUUGGGUUUGUACUACUCUGGAUUCCUUUUGUUGAAAUAAGUGGCAUAAAUGUUUAAGUGUAUAUACUGUGUCUGAGUGACUGUGCAGAUGAGGACAUUUUUAUAUUGCUUAUAUUUUUGUAUAUGAAUAUUUAAGAAAUUCAAAUUAAUAAUUUCUCUCAUUAAGUUAUGUUCAGUUAUCAAUGAUAAAUAU